ACGCGUCUUCCAUCAUCUCAAUGCCUACCGAAAUCCUCAUCGUCGGCGCCGGCGCGAUUGGAGCUUUCUAUGCGUCGCGGCUCGCUCGCGUCCCCGAAGUCCACGUCUCGGUAAUCUGCCGCUCCAACUACAAAGCUGUCAAGGCGCACGGCUUCCAAGUGACGUCGCCGCAGUACGGGGAUUACACCUUCACACCGACGCGCACCUUUGCGAACCCGGAUGAAGCGCGGAACAGCAGGACACAAUGGGACUACAUUGUCGUCAGCACGAAGGCUCUGCCAGACGUGAGCGACGACUCGGCGAUCCUGGAGGGGCUGGUCGGCGACAGGACCGCCAUUGUGCUGAUCCAGAACGGGCUGGGCGUGGAGCAGCCGUACCAGGCAAGAUUCCCGCGUGCCGCCAUCUGCAGCGCCGUCACGAUUGCGAGCUGCGCGCAGACGAGCCCGGGCCAGAUCAAGCACAACCGGUGGACGCGCAUAAACAGCGGGCCAUACCUGCCGCACCUCGACGUCGGAAGCGCAGGAGCCUCGGAUGCACAGGCCGUGGAUAAGAACGGCGCCUUCAUCGCAUUGUUGCAGGAGGGCGGCAUCAAGGACGCCGAGGCCUACGACCACGCCAAGCUGCAGCUCGUGCGCUGGCACAAGAUCGCCAUCAACGCCUCCAUGAACCCGUCGUCUGUGCUCGCAGGCGGAAUCUCGAACAACGCCAUGUCCAAUGACUCCGAGCUCGCAAGACACCUGCAGGGCGUCAUGGAAGAGGUCUUGGACACAGCGCCAAAGGUCCUGGGCAAGCCGUUCCCAAAGGAGUUCGCGACGCCCGAGCGUAUACUGCGGAGCACGCAGAAGAACACGAGCGGCAGCAAGCCCAGCAUGGCGCUGGACUGGGAACAGGGCAAGACCAUGGAGCUGGAAGUCAUACUCGGCAACCCAAUCAGGAUUGCCCGCGAGAGGGGAUUCGAGAUGCCCAGGAUGCAGACACUGUACGCAUUGCUGCGGAUGGCUCAACAGACGCGAGACAAGGCGAAGCAGAAGAGUAGAUUAUAGCCAGCUCGAACCGUUCUUGGCCAACAGCCAACUCUAUCUUGUGUCCAUGCAUGUCUAUGUCGAAAGUCU